UAUUAUUGAUAUUCACAGGGUAUAUUUAUACCCAUCAUAAUUACAGUGUACAAGAUGAAGUGGGCAACUAAUUACAACACUAACAAGGAACACAAAACUCAUGAGGACAAAGAGUUGUCCCUAAUACGCCCCGUAAGAUAGAGCCGACGUCAGCAAGGACUAUAUAUCUUGGAACUCAGCAAACAGAAAUGGGUAUCAAGAAAGCCUUUGGUGAGCAAAUCAGCAAGCUGCGUAUCAUUCGAAAUCUAACGAACUUGAAAUUGCUUGGAUUCCUAACCUCAACGAUGACUUCGGUAUCCGGAGAUCUGGGAUUCCUUACAGAACGGGAGGUGGGGAUAAACCCAUAAUCGCAAUCAAAACCCAAGAGAGGGAUUACUUACAACAAACUGACGAGGAAGGUGGUUCCUCGGAGGCGACGCUGACGAAGGGAAGCUAGGAGAUGGUGGUGAAAAUGCUCUGUUGUCGCCCUCGGGUCUCACCUUGGAAUAGGAGAGUGCAGCGGAAGUCGUUCGAUGUCGGAAACUGCUCUCCACCCCGCCGUUGUGCUCUCACCAUCUCUCUGUCCCCAGCGAAGGAAAGCCAGGCGACGACAAGGGAAGACUAGGGAGACGCCCCCGACGUGGAGGAUAUUGGAGGGAGAUGAUGCCGUCUCAGCUGCGUUGUUUAUAGAACCGGAGAAGAAGAAGCGAAAUUAUGUUUCAAUUUUGGAAUUGAAAUGGGCAUAAGAAGGAAGGAGAAUCAGAUUUAUUUUUUCACACUUCCCUCAGCAAUAAAACGAUGGCGUUUGG